AUGAAGUUUUUGUCUUGUGGUUCAUCUUGCGGGUUUUUGGUCGUUUCUGCGUUGAUUUGGGUCGUUUCCGCCCUCGACUUGCAAACAGACGAUUUUGAUAGCAUCAAACAAGACACUGCUCUCAUUGCAAAAGGUCUUCUUGACUAUUAUGAUGGUUACAAAAAAGGAGGUGUUAUAGGUAUGUUUACCUGGCCCUACUACUGGUGGGAAGCUGGUGGAGCAUGGGGUUCGCUCAUUGAGUAUUCGUACUACAUGGAUAAUGAUACUUUGGUUCCUCUCAUCAAAGAAGCUUUAGGGUACCAGGUUGGAGAAAACUACAAUUAUGUUCCCCUUAACCAGUCCACUACUGAAGGUAACGAUGAUCAGGGUUUUUGGGGAAUUGCUGUAAUGGCUGCGGCCGAGAAGAACAUGAGCAAUCCCAAGGAUGAGCGUAAGGCGUAUCUUGCUUUGGCUCAGGCAGUUUUCAAUACUAUGCAAGCACGGUGGGAUCAUAACGAUUGUCAUGGAGGACUUCGGUGGCAGAUUUUCCAGUGGAAUUCUGGUUACGAUUACAAGAACUCGGUUUCCAAUGGAUGUCUUUUCAAUAUUGCUGCAAGACUCGCUCGCUACACUGGUAAUGACAGUUACGCUGAUUGGGCCGAGAAAGUGUGGGAAUGGAUGGUGGGGACCCAUCUCAUUAACGAGACUCAACCAGGGUACUAUUUUGUGUAUGACGGUGUCACUGUGAACGACAAUUGCUCCGAAGUAGUCAAGUUGCAAUGGUCAUAUAACCAGGGACUUUUCCUUCUGGGUGCCGCCGUUCUCUACAACUACACCCAAGACGAAGUGUGGCACGAGCGGACGAAGAAGUUGCUCGCAGGGUCUGUUGUUUUCUUCAAUCUGACCAACGACAUCAUGUACGAAGCAGCAUGUCAGAAUGGUAAAGGAGGACAAGGAGCAGGAUCUUGUAACCAAGACCAGCGUUCAUUCAAGGCUUACUUCUCUAGGUUCCUUGGUCUCACGGCAAUCAUGGCACCGGAAACCAGUGAUACAAUUAUGAACUGGCUCGAGAAAUCGGCAAUUGCCGCGGCUCAAAGUUGUAGUGGAGGUACAGACGGUCACACUUGUGGUAUCAACUGGUUCUUGGGCCACUGGGAUGGCGUGUAUGGUUUAGGAGAGCAAAUGUGUGCUUUGGAGGUAAUUACUGCUCUUCGGGUCCACGAUAGACCACCACCAUAUACCGCCAAUAACGGUGGAUCUUCUAAGGGAAAUCCUGGCGGCGGUUACGGUGCUACCAAUAUCAAUGCUACGCCUCUCAAUCUUGGUUCGGGCGACAAAGCCGGUGCUGGAAUCAUAACCGCUAUAAUUGGUAUGUCGAUAGUGGGUGCAACAGUGUGGUUGCUAUUGUAA